GUCACACACAGGACCAAGCAGGAGCAGGAUGAUCUCAGCAUUUUGAUAUUUUACUACAAAUGGAGGAUAACGAAGAUGUUCAAUACUGUUUUCAAGACAGAAAUUCUUCUUGCAGAAAGGCUUUGCCAUUGACUUCAAUUCACUCAGCAAUCUACUUAUUAAUCUCAGUGAUUUCAGCAGUUACAGUAUUUUUGAACGUACUGGUGAUUAUCUCCAUCUCUCACUUCAAGCAGCUCCACACUCCAACCAACCUGCUCAUUCUCUCUCUGGCUGUGUCAGAUCUCCUGGUGGGAUUGUUUGCGUUACCAGCAACGACGGUAGCAAUAAUGGAAUCAUGCUGGGGAUUUGGGGAAUAUUUCUGUGUGUUUCAAUUCUACAUCACUUGUUUAUGUACUUCUUUAUCUCUGGGCAAUUUGGUCUUGAUAUCCAUUGACCGCUAUGUUGCUGUGUGUGAUCCCUUAUUGUAUUACUCUAAAAUAACAAUAACAAGAACGAUGUGUUGUAUAUCCUUUACCUGGUGUGUAUGUGUCAUACACGAUGCUGCUAUUGUAAAAAACUUUGUAAAUGUACAGGUACCGAGUAGGUGUUUGAAAGAAUGUUUUAUACUUGAAGGGUUCAAUUGGGUUAAUAUCAUUGACCUUGUACUUAAAAUGGUUGUCCCAUGCGCUAUUAUUAUAACACUUUAUAUGAACAUCUUUGUGGUGGCCAGAUCACAGGCCAGAAAGGUAUUUUCAAAAGAGGCUGGUGUUCAAACUGGACAGGAAAAUAAGUCUGAGAGAAAAGCAACAAAAACUCUUUCUAUUGUUGUUUUCAACUAUCUCAUAUGUUGGACUCCAUCUCUCUUUGCUUUCUUUCUAUCUUUUUUAGGUGAAAAUGUAUCAUCAUCCAUCAUCAGCUUUCUGCCACUUGUUAAUUCCUUAAUUAAUCCAAUAAUUUAUGCUUUCUUUUAUCCAUGGUUCAAAGUGACAGCUGAACUUAUUAUAACUCUGAAGUUUAGGCGUUCAUAGUUCCUAUGUUUUCAUAGUCCCUCGGUUUGAAAUGGUUUUGUUAUACAAUUGUUGUAAUUGCUUCUUUCAUGUAACAAUACUCUUUCAUUACUUAUCUCUGUGUUGUCAUCAUAGAUACAUGUGGUGUUGAUACAGAAUGAUUUGGUUGGAUUGGAAUGACUAGGAGAAGGCAUAAGAAGCCUGAAUUUGUCAGGAAAUGGACUCUACAAGAUGUCGAAAGUGUUCCACAGGGAUGCCGGCCCAUAUUGACUCCAAUCCUUUGUGCUGCGGGUGACUGACCAAUCUGGAUACACAGGAAAUUGCUGGGUGUGAAAAACACCGUUGCCCUUCUUGACACAAUCAAAGCCAAUUUCCCUGGCACCUAGUACCAUACCCCUUUCAAAGGCACUUAAAUAUGUUGUCUUGCCCAUUCACCCUGUGAAUGACACACAUAAAACAAUUAAGACAUGGAUUGUGUAAGGCUUAAAAAUCCUUCUUUUACCUGUCUCCUCACCUUCAUCUACAAUGAUUGAAUUGGAUUUAACAGGUGACAUCAAUAAGGGAUUGUUCCUUUCACCUGGAUUCACCUGAUCAGUCUAUGUCAUGUUCUGUACACUCAGUCUAUAUGUUGUUAAACAUUACCCUCUCAUGGCUCAUUUGGGACACAAUGCCUUAAGUUGAAAUGUGCAAUUCUUUAUGAUAUCAGAUAACAUCCAAGUCUAACUCAAUGGUGUAUUGUGUAAGUAGUUGUAAAAUGUAAUAAUAUGAAAUUGUGGGUAACACUUUAUAAUAAUGUUCAGCAUUAAACCAUUUGUAAUCAU